GGGCCCCGGGGAAAUCCGAGGCGGGCCUGGCGCGGCUCCCCACGCGAGACCCGGGCUCGCGCCUCGGCAGCCGCCACCCACCGGCCCACCCUACGUUUCGCGCGUCAUGUGACCCGGGGGAAAUGCUACAGAUCCAUUCUCAGAGUUUCUGAAGUUCUUCUGCAUUGCACACAAGGAUCAAUGUGACUCUAGGAACAAAUGGAUGAAUGAAUAUCCCUAUGAAGAGGAAAGCAAUAGAGAAUAUCAACCCCUUUGAGAACAGAAUGUUAAUGCUUGAUGGGAUGCCGGCAGUCAGAGUCAAAACAGAGCUUCUGGAAUCUGAACAAGGGUCUCCAAACGUCCACAACUACCCAGAUAUGGAAGCUGUUCCCCUGUUGCUAAAUAAUGUGAAAGGGGAGCCCCCGGAGGACUCGUUAUCAGUAGAUCACUUCCAAACACAAACCGAGCCAGUGGACUUGUCAAUCAACAAAGCCAGGACAUCCCCCACAGCUGUUUCAUCUUCCCCCGUUUCCAUGACAGCGUCUGCGUCCUCACCUUCGUCUACUUCAACCUCUUCAUCAUCUUCUAGUCGUCCAGCCUCAUCCCCAACUGUUAUAACAUCAGUAUCUUCAGCAUCAUCCUCGUCAACAGUAUUAACUCCAGGGCCCCUUGUUGCCUCGGCCUCUGGCGUGGGAGGCCAGCAGUUUUUGCACAUUAUCCAUCCCGUUCCGCCUUCAAGUCCCAUGAAUUUACAGUCUAACAAACUGAGUCACGUUCACCGCAUCCCUGUGGUGGUUCAGUCGGUGCCUGUUGUCUACACAGCUGUGCGGUCACCUGGAAAUGUGAACAACACUAUUGUCGUGCCGCUUUUGGAGGAUGGGAGAAGCCAUGGCAAAGCACAAAUGGACCCCCGAGGCCUAUCUCCCAGACAAAGUAAAAGUGACAGUGAUGAUGAUGACCUGCCAAAUGUGACCUUAGAUAGCGUUAAUGAAACCGGAUCUACGGCCCUUUCCAUAGCCAGAGCAGUGCAAGAGGUACAUCCAUCCCCAGUAUCAAGAGUCCGGGGAAAUCGAAUGAAUAAUCAAAAGUUUGCUUGUUCAAUUUCACCAUUUAGUAUUGAGAGCACAAGGCGCCAGAGACGAUCUGAAUCACCUGACUCCAGAAAACGGCGUAUCCACAGAUGUGAUUUUGAGGGAUGCAACAAAGUAUACACAAAGAGUUCUCACCUGAAGGCGCAUCGAAGGACACACACAGGAGAGAAACCCUACAAGUGUACCUGGGAAGGCUGCACCUGGAAGUUCGCUCGUUCGGAUGAACUGACAAGGCAUUACCGCAAACACACGGGAGUGAAGCCAUUCAAGUGCGCGGACUGUGAUCGCAGCUUUUCCCGCUCCGAUCACUUGGCACUGCACCGCCGGAGACAUAUGCUGGUGUGAGGAAGGCAACCUGUCCAGCCGAGCGUAGGAGCUGGAUCUCUUAGCCGCACCCAAUUCAGCCGGGCUGAACCCUCUCCACAGUGUCACACAAAAAGGGCACCCUCAGCCCACAACAUCUGAAACCAGAGCGGGGGAAAAAGAAGUCCCACUUCUACUUAUGGUCAGAAGGUAAAAACCCCUAACCCGACUCCAUGAGAAAUGUCUCCACGCUGGCCUGGAAGAUGGGUGGCACCAACGCCGAAGAGACAGGCAUUAUUUUUCUGUGCUGUGUCCUCUGCCACUUGCAGAUGUUUGUAGCUUGUACAUUUUUCUGAGCGGUCAGACAUUUUGUGGCUCCUUUCGAGGUCAUUGGGCACACUUGGAUGGCUCCAGCAAGACCUUCUUAAAUUGGGAUCCCUCCCCUCCUCCCCCAUCCAUCCUUCACCCCUUUCCCCAGCAAUUUUAGUUACCAUCUAAGUAAGCUAAAACACACAUCCCAUCUGUUACCAGCAAGCAUGCAAAAAAGAAGAAGCUGUUGGCAAAAGAGGUUCCAAUACCUGCAAGUGAAGGGCCCCACAGGCCGCCUUUGCAAUAGUGAUGGUGGCCCCUAGGUACCACUCCCAUCUUGCCAUUAUGCCAUGCCCCGAAGAGAACCAACAUUGACUCUUUCAUUUGUUUGUUGUUGUUUUUGUUUUGUUUGGAUUCUGUUUUGUUCAUCUGUUCACGCAGAGGGGCAGCGAUAUUUCGGUUGGAGUCUUGUCCCAGUGUCUGCCCUGGCAUGGACGGGCCCAGAGAUGUUGUGUUGUUGAAUAGGAAGAGCCUGUCUUAAAAAAAAAAAAAACUACUGCCCCACUUCAAAUUGCAGUGUUCUGUCACCUAGGCAUCACUUCUGCCUGCCCCUAGUAUUUGAUUACAAGGAAUCGGGGGAGAAAAAAAAAAAACUUUCUUAGACACACUGGCACCAAGGGACGAGGUGG